UCCAAAACCGCCCCCAAAAAGCAUCCAUCUUUCUCCCCAAAACCACCAACCCAGUUCAUCAUUUCACCUCUCCGAUCGACCCAGAUGAAGUUCCGAUCGACCCAGACGGAGUUCCGAACUGGGUUAGUCUUCCUUCUUCUACUGCGUCUCUGUUUUGAAGCAAGCUCCGACUGCAGUACUAGCCAAACCUGCGAGGCUUUGGGGUCCUAUUACGCCUGGCAGGGCAGCAACCUCAGCUUCAUCGGAGACAUGAUGAACACCACCGACGUCAUCAUCUAUAGCUUCAACGAGGCGAGGAUGAAGAACAAGGACAGCGUUGAAGCGGGCAAAAGGCUCGAUAUCCCCUUCACCUGCGACUGCAUCAACGGCUCGUUUCUGGGACACGUGUUCCAAUACGACGUCGUCACCGGCAACACGUACGACACGGUGGCGACUAAGUACUAUUCGAACUUGACCACGGUGGAGGCGAUGGCGUGGUUUAAUAGUGAGUACCCGGCGAAUAAUAUACCGAAUGUGAACACGCAGCUGAAAGUGGUGGUGAAUUGUUCGUGUGGGGAUAGCAAGGUUGGGAACUAUGGGUUGUUUAUAACGUACCCAUUGAGGGAUGGGGAUACUUUGGCUUCGAUUGCGGAGCAGGAGGAAUUGGAGGAGAGUGUGCUGCAGAGUUACAAUCCGGGUGUGAACUUUAGCCGGGGGACUGGUUAUGUGUAUAUUCCGGGCAAAGAUCAAGAUGAAAAGUAUGUGUAUCUGAAGCAAAGUUCAUCUGGACUGGCAGGUGGAGCCAUUGCUGGCAUAGUUGUUGGAGUAAUUGCUGGAGUGCUGUUAGUGGCUGGUUGUGUAUAUUUUGGAGUUUACCGAAAGAAGAAGGAGGACACAUCAGUACUCUUACCAACAUCUGAAGAUCAAUUUUCUCAAAAUGGGCGCUCCCUGGGAGCUAUUCCAGAUAAAUCUACUGAAUCCAACAGUGGUUCUAGAGGCCCAACAGGCAUUACCGUGGACAAAUCAGUGGAGUUCUCUUAUGAAGAACUUUCCAGGGCUACUGAUAACUUUAGUUUGGCUAAUAAGAUUGGACAAGGUGGUUUUGGGGCGGUUUACUAUGCCGAGUUGAGAGGCGAGAAAGCUGCAAUCAAGAAGAUGGAUAUGCAGGCAUCAAAAGAAUUUCUUGCCGAGUUAAACGUUUUGACACGUGUACAUCACUUGAAUCUGGUGCGCUUGAUUGGUUAUUGUGUUGAGGGAUCCCUUUUUCUCGUUUAUGAAUAUAUUGAAAAUGGCAAUCUAAGCCAACAUCUGCGGGGUUCAGAGAGGGACCCAAUACCAUGGUCUAAUAGAGUGCAGAUUGCACUGGAUUCAGCAAGAGGACUUGAAUACAUUCAUGAGCAUACUGUUCCUGUUUAUAUCCACCGAGACAUAAAGUCAGCCAAUAUAUUGAUAGACAAGAACUACCAUGCAAAGGUUGCAGAUUUUGGAUUGACUAAACUGACUGAAGUUGGAAGUACAUCACUCCCCACGCGUCUUGUGGGGACAUUUGGAUACAUGCCACCAGAAUACGCUCAAUAUGGUGAAGUUUCUCCCAAAGUAGAUGUAUAUGCUUUUGGGGUCGUCCUCUAUGAACUAAUCUCUGCCAAGGAAGCAGUUAUGAGGGAAAAUGCUUCAGGCGCAGAAUCAAGGGGCCUUGUUGGUUUGUUUGAGGAAGUCCUUAAUCAACCCGAUCCAAGAGAAGAGCUCCAAAAAGUGGUUGACCCUAGGCUUGGAGACAACUAUCCACUUGAAUCAGUUCGCAAGAUGGCACAACUUGCCAAAGCAUGCGUGCAUGAGAACAAAGAUUUGCGCCCAAGUAUGCGAUCUAUUGUUGUCGCGUUAAUGACACUUUCAUCAUCAACUGAGGACUGGGAUGUAGGAUCGUUCUACGAAAAUCAAGCUCUUGUGAAUCUAAUGUCAGGAAGGUAGAAUCUAAAGCAAAUUGUUUGUGUUAGGAAGUUUCUUUUGAACAUUACGAUCUAAGACAUCAUUGUACAGACACGUAAUCAAGCAUUGCAAGUCUUUUGUAAAUUGUACAUACAUAUAGCAUUAAAGUAUCAAUGAAGAGGUAAAAUUUACUUUGCCCUCCUCCGAG